CGGAAGCCGCGGCGCUAAGGCCCAAGCGCAUGAGACCCUCGACGGGUCCCUGGGGCUCCGGAGUCCGCACAGCCUGUGGGCAGAAGUCGCCCUCACGGCCCAGGCCCGUUCAGCUAUAAGGCGUCCUGUGUUUAAUGGAACAUACUUCCAGAUUUGUAACUUGCAUUUUAUGACUGCUUCUGACCAUGGUGUGGCCUUUUGAUAUAUUGACAUUUUAAUUGCAAACUUAAUAUUCUUAAAACAUAGACAAGGUUUACUUAUGCAAGCCUGAAAAUAGUGCCAUCAGCAAACAGUACUUGGCGGUCAAUUGAAAAGUAUCCCUUUGAAAAAUCCCUUAGACUUAUGCUGAGUUGGCAGCAUUGAAACAGUAGCUCGUGUGUUGUUUUGUAUUGUCUAUAAACAUCUAAGGAAUAAGCUGAUUACUCCCCUACUGUUAUCUGUUUUAGGGCAAUCAACUUCUCUCUGUGUCUUUCCUUUUUGCAGAUCAAAACAAAAAAGUUAUGCCAAAUAUUGCCAUUUUAAGCUGUAUUACUAAAAGAUCUACUAUUGUAUGAGAGUGCUAACUUAUAGAUGUUCAGAGGAUAUGAGUAAUGGAUUAUUCUGUUAUAAGUUACAGAAUGUGGGUAAGGCAAUUUUAGUUCAGUGCAAUUUAUGUGCUUUUAUUUCUGUGUAUUUUUAUUCUAUAUGGUAAAGCCUCUGGCUGAUUCAACUAAAGAAUUCAGGAUAUUUUGAGUUGUAACCCUGAAGUCAAGGUUGGAUUUAGCAGGUGUGUUGAAGGGUUAUUCUAUUGUUUUGUUUUUUUUAAUUAAUCAGCCUUGAAGUUUUCCACAGGUAUAUUUGCUUAGGUAAAUCUAGCAACGUGGCACUGCUAUGAUUAAAAAUAAACCUGUAAAAUCAUGUGUAGAUAAAUGUUUAAUUCUAAUAGGAUUCAGUUCCAAGAAAUAUUUUUAUGUUUAGUGUGCAAAGACCACAGAAUUGUGGAUUUUGAAUAAGUGAUCACUCAAAACCAGCUUCUAGAGUUCCUGAACCUAUUUACUCUUGGGCUUGUACAGCAGACCAAAGAAAAAUAUUUUCUUUAAAAACCUCAGAAAGCAGGAAUUGCACUAAAAAAGAUACUAGAAUUGUUAGGUGAGAAAGCUGUGAACUGACUAUGAAGGAAGACAGAAACACUUCAGAGAAGCUAAAUUUUUGCAGUAGCUUAAGAAUUUGGUGGGAGGCCCCAUCUAUUUGGAGGGUCUUUUGGAAAGGAAAUGCCAUUUCAUGGAGGAUAUUAAUGGAAAUGACAUGUGCAAAUAUUGUUUGUUUAACCAGUUUGCUUAUUCCAAGACUUUGGAGGCAGUGUCCCUUCAAAUAGAGAAUACUAAGAGCUAGGAAAGACUAUAGCUAUCGUGUAUUGCUUGUUAACAAUGAGGGUUCAUCUGUUUGCUGUUGGAAACAGGAUACUGAACUAGGAAUUCAUUGGUUUGAGAUAAUCUAGGCAGGGUCCUUUGCAUACUUUCUCUAAGUCCUUCCCAAGUCCUAUCUCCUGUUUGCUGUUUGUUUAGAUGAACAUUGAUCUCUUAAUAAACUGCACAAUGUAGAGAUUUCAGUUUCUGCAUCUACCAACUUAGCUUUACCUAGAUUCUUUCUGAGCAUGUUUAGUAUUUCUUUAUAUGAGGUGCUAUGUAUUUUGACAGGUGGUGGGCAAUCUGCCCUUUCCACCAAUCCUGGAUCAAUUGACCAUUUAACUGGAUAAUUAGCAUGGGAGUGUAAGACAGAAUCUCCCUUGUGAAAGACAUGUCCAGUUUCAGGCUCUGAAUGCAUACAAUUUGGUAGUCCAGAAUUACUGCUUAGGGGGAAAGCUACAGUUUCCUGGUUCAAGCAGCACUGGUUCUCUUCCAUUUCUAUUUCCCUAGGUAUAGGGUCACAGUAGUCUCAUAUAGAUUUCUGGAUUUCAUUGGGUAAAUGAUGUUUUAGAUAAGGUUGACUGAUGCUAGGCCUGUGUAAUAACCACUUUAUAAAAACAGGUUAUAGAAAAAUUUGCAAUAAACAAAAGAGAUAAAGUCCAAGGGCAAUACAAUAUCAAUCUUUAAAACUAACUUUGUAAAACAAAAAUGCCUAAGAUUAAAAAAUGUAAUUUACUUUUUUUUUACAUUACAUGUAACUUACAUAAGUCUUUCAAAUAAUAUUGGUGGAGAUUUUAAAUAAAGUUCUGUAAGAAGCCUAAACUUCGUUAUGGCUAAAGGAUGUUUCAAGAUAAGGCUUCAUGCACUAAAAUGUUCCAAAAAGAGGCAACAACCACUUUGAAGACAAAAGCUGCCAACCAUAGCAAACCUCCAUGCCCUCUCAACGUGCUGCUCCUCCGGCAGCUCCACUUUAUCGAUCUCUUACUAUUUAUUUAUUUAGUUAUUUAUUUAUAGUUUUUAUAUGCCGUCCACUACAAGCGUCUCAGGAUGGUUUUACAAUAAAAGCAACACAGAAUAAAACAGAAGAUUUUAUAUACUUUAUAUACCUGUUUAUACACUAAUGGAGGCAAGCAGGGUCCUAGGCAGAUGCUCUUCCCUCCUCCUCAUCCAGCUUCAGGAAGCCCCACCUUAUACUUGCUUGAGCUCUGCUUGGGCAUCAGUGGAGGCAAGCACAGUCCCAGGCAGGUGUUCUUUCUCCUCCCUCAUCUUCAGCUCCUCCAGGCAAUUAGCCUUGAAUCAGGACUUUUUCCCAUUGACCGCACCUGAUUUACAAUAUGCUGCCUUGCUGUGUCUUUCCUGCCUCGCCUCAGUUUGUGAGGGCAGGGUAUUUUUGAGGCAAAUUGCAUUUCUUUGCAGCCCUUACGAGAAGUAGAAGGGAGAAGGGCCUUUUCUGCAAUAGCACCCCACUUGUGGAACAUGUUUCCAUUGGAGAUUCGCCCGGUGUCUUCUCUUUUUUCUUUCAGGUGCCAAUUGAAAACAUUUUUUUUCACAAAUAAUAUGUUUCAUGUCUUUUAGAUUAAGCUGUUCAGUUAACGGCGUCAUGAGCAGAAACAAACGUGAAAACAACUUCUACAGUGUAGAGAUUGGAGAUUCUACCUUCACUGUUCUCAAACGAUUCCAGAACUUAAAACCUAUUGGGUCAGGUGCUCAGGGCAUAGUAUGUGCAGCCUAUGAUGCUACCCUUGAAAGAAAUGUUGCGAUCAAGAAGCUAAGUCGGCCAUUUCAGAACCAAACUCAUGCCAAGCGAGCCUACAGAGAACUUGUCCUCAUGAAGUGUGUAAACCACAAAAAUAUCAUUGGCCUAUUGAAUGUCUUCACGCCACAGAAAUCACUGGAAGAAUUUCAAGAUGUUUACAUAGUGAUGGAGCUCAUGGAUGCAAACCUUUGCCAAGUGAUUCAGAUGGAGCUCGACCAUGAACGAAUGUCUUAUCUCCUCUAUCAGAUGUUAUGCGGUAUUAAACAUCUCCACUCAGCUGGAAUUAUACAUAGGGAUUUGAAACCUAGCAAUAUAGUAGUAAAAUCGGACUGCACUUUGAAGAUUCUUGACUUUGGACUGGCUCGAACAGCCGGAACCAGCUUUAUGAUGACACCUUAUGUAGUCACUCGUUACUACAGAGCACCAGAGGUCAUCCUGGGAAUGGGCUACAAAGAAAACGUUGACAUUUGGUCAGUGGGGUGCAUCAUGGGAGAAAUGAUCAAAGGUGGUGUAUUAUUUCCUGGUACAGACCAUAUUGAUCAAUGGAAUAAGGUUAUUGAGCAACUGGGAACACCUUGCCCCGAAUUCAUGAAAAAGCUGCAACCAACAGUAAGAACGUAUGUGGAGAACAGGCCUAAAUAUGCCGGCUACAGUUUUGAGAAGCUCUUCCCAGAUGUCCUCUUUCCUGUUGACUCUGAGCACAACAAACUGAAGGCCAGUCAGGCAAGAGACUUGUUAUCCAAAAUGCUGGUGAUCGAUGCAGCAAAAAGAAUCUCAGUGGAUGAAGCUUUGCAGCACCCAUACAUCAAUGUUUGGUAUGACCCUUCAGAAGCAGAAGCACCUCAAGCACAACAGGAACACCCAGAGCACAGAGGAAGAGACUAAGCAUCCCACCUUUGCCUGCUUUUUUGGUACACACAAAUUUGACACAGUGAUAUGUAUGAGAGACAUAAUCUGUAGACAACUGGAAGCUCACCAGAAAAAGUGGGAGAGUUCUCACUACCUUGGCAUCUGACCAUCUUCUGUUGAACUUUUUGUGCGAGAUCUUCACUUAGGAAGGGAGCCAAAUAGAGAGGAAGCCUGAAAACACUUAGAAUCAUAGAAUAGAGCUGGAAGGGAGCAGAGCGCCAUCAGGUCCAACUUCCCGCUCAGUGCAGGACUCCGAGUUAAACAUCUCUCCCAGAUUGCUAUCCAAUUGCACUUGACUAUCCCUAGGGUGGGAAAACCUACAACUUCCUGGGAUAUUGGUUCCAUAGUUAUACUGCUCUAACAAUCAGGAUUUUUUCCCCAGAUACAUAGCUGGAAGCUGGCUUUCUGCUACUAGAGCCUGUUCUGUCCUGCACUCUGGGAUGAUUGGGAAGAGAUCCUGCCUGUCCCCUUUGCAACAGCCUUUCAGGUACUUAUGGAGUGCUAUUAUACCUUCCUCCAGGCUUCUUUACUCAAGGUGGAACAUGCCUGGCCCUUUCCACCUCUCCUCACUGGGCUUUCUUUCCAGUCCCCAGAUCAUUCUUGUUGCCCUCCUUAGGAUCCUUUUCUUCAACUAGUGCCCAGGACUGGACACAGCAUGCCAGAUGAGGCGUCCUGGAAGCCAAGCCCAGGAAGCCAACAAGUGCCACCCGAAGCCCCACAUGUCCCACAAUCCCCACAGAGCCCCACUCAUGCAUCCCUGGUGCCACCCACUCCUAUCGCUGCAGUAUAGCAUGAGGCCAAGGGUACAACUUGCAUCUGAAAAGGGAGAAUAUGAGUGUCUAUUCUGACGAGAAGUGAUGCAGUCUGGAAGUCUGCAUUGUCUGGGAUGUCUGGAUAUUACCAGCUGUGGGUUACCGUGUGCACCAGCGUAUAAGGCGACUCACAUGUAAGAUGAGGCUGUUACUUUGGGCUGUUUAAUGUCAGAAAUAUGAGACAACCACCCAUUUUUGCUUCACUGUUUCUGGUUUCAAGGGGUGUCUUACCUGCUGAUAUACACAGGUAUAUCUCUUGCAAAAAAAAAAAAGUGAAUAUCUCUAGGAAAAAAAAAACACAUGAGUAUCUCUUGAGUCUUCACAUCCACUGAAAGACGAAACAGGUGACGCUGGCUACUGCAGAGAUGAAGAGCGUGGCAUCCCCAGAGUCCCUGGAGAAACUUGCCUUUUUUUCUUUUUUGUUAGAGAUAUUUGCCGUUUUUCCACUUUUGCAGGGUCCUGCACUUUCAGGCACCCACUGGGACUUAGAGUCCAUUGCCCAGGGAUACAGGGGUCCUACUGUAUGAUGAAAAAAUUUCACCUGGUGUGUAAGACACCCCACCUCUGAUUUUUGCCUUGCUAUUUCCUGUUUCAAGGGUCAUCUUAUGCACUGGUAUAUACAGUAAGUGUUGGAAAUGGCCUGACAAUGUAGAUGGCUCCUUAGAGGAGGUUAUUUUCUGACAACUCUACCUUUUUUUGUUCUGGCAAUUUAAAAAAAAACCCAACUGCUUUUUUCUGUGCGCAGCAGGGUAGGAAAGUGAGGAAUCUGUUCUGGGGGUGGGGCUCCAUCGGAUGCUCUGAGCACCUCUUCCUGACCUUCAGCUCGCUUUGCCAAGGCCAUUCAGGUUGGGGUCCACAAGUGCUGGAGGGGUGGAUCCGGCAAAGCUUUGUUGCAAGCCAAGCCUUGGGGAACGGGCUGCUUUGCUGCCACGUGCCAUCAAGUCUCCUCUGACUUGGCAUGGCUCUAGGAGUGAAAGCCCCCAGAAUGCCCUGCCCUGGACAGCUCUGCUUAUUUCUUGUAAAAUCGAGGCUGUGGUUUCCCAUCACAGAGUUGGUCCACCUCAUUCUUGGCCUCUUUUGCCUUUGGCGGCCCUUAACAUUACUGUGUUCUGCAGUGCAUCUUGCCUUCUCAGGAUGAGCCUGAAGUAGGACAGCUUCAGUUUUGACAUUUUUGCUUCCAGGGAAAGUUCUGGUCUGAAUUGGCCUAGGACCCACUCGUUCCUCUUUCUGUUAGACCAGUGUAUUCAUAAAGUUCCUCUCCAGCAAUAGGUUUCAAACACAUCCAUUUUCUUCCCGUCAGCUUUCUUCACUAUCCAGCUUUCAUACCAUGCACAGUGAUUGGGAAUACAGCUGUGUGGGUGAGCAUGGUAAUUUUCUUCAGUGAAAUGUCCUUAAACUUAAUCUUUUCUAGUUCUUUCAUUGCUCUCCUUGGAAGUCACAGUCUGUUGUUUCUUGGCUGCUGUCUCCAUUGUAAUUGAUUGGAACUGGCAGCUGACUGUCACUCCUGAAAUUUUAACAUCUAUAUUUUAUAUUUGAGUGCUGUUCUUUUUAAAAAUUCUGAUACUCUGGGAGCCUUUAGCUAUGCAUUUUCAGACUCAAUUAUUCUUAUUAUAUUUUUAUAUUCCUAUUAUGUUAAUUAUUCCUGUUUACUUGUAUAUCUAUUGCACCAGAGUUCUGAUUAUUUGUACAAUGUUGGAGAUAUGAAUGUUGACUAUUUUAUUUAAUGCUACCAUUAUGUUAUAAUUUCAUCGUUAGGUAUUGAGUUCAUCAAAAUCGUUGAUGGCUUAUGCAUUUUUGUAAUGAGCAGCAUGUCGUAUCAGUUGCCCAUCCUUUCAGUACUGGGAUUGCAGAAAAGCAGUGUAUAAAUACGAGCUGUAAGGGAGACCAAAGGGCAGUAUAUGUCCAAGCAUAUUUAUUGCCAAUCUCAGCCAGUAUGUCUGUAGCCUCCUCUUCCCCAGAAGGAAGGAAGUACAGAAGGAAGGGGAAACUUUGAUCUGUACAUUUGUAUGGAGAACAGCUUCCUUUGCUCUAGUGAGGGCAGUGGCCUUCUGUCCUGUUCAUGAUGGAGGCUUAGAUUUUCUGUGUUUUGCAUUUAAUUUCUUAGUGGGAUUCCUGAGAUUUAAUUUUGGAGUAUAUGCUUGAGGAGAAAUUAAUAAAAUAAACUUCAUGACCAAUUA